AUGCCGGCAGCAUCGCCUCAAACAAUUAAAUUAAAAUCGACCCUUCGCCUCCUCAUUCCACGUCUGCGAAAUGCCCAGAAGAAGGACACAGCACUCUCCAUCGCCUCCCGGCGCGAGAUGGCCGAACUGCUCGCCCAGUCACGCGAAGCGUCUGCGCGCAUACGGGUUGAGAACAUUAUCCAUACGGACAUCACGGUCGAACUCAUGGAAAUCUUGGAGCUAUACGCCGAGCUGCUCCUCGCGCGAGCCGGCCUACUGGACAUCAGAGAUAAAAACAUUAAAGAGGGCAUGACUACGGGUAUCGAUGACACCGGGCUCGAGGAGGCGGCUGCGAGCAUCAUCUACUCUGCUCCACGGUUACCACGGGACGUGAGAGAGCUGGGAAUUGUGCGAAACAUGCUCAUUGAGCGGUUCGGGAAAGAGUUCGCAAUCAAAGCAAACGAGAACCAGGACAACUGCGUCCCUGCUCGGGUGGUGGACAGGCUCAAGGUCGACCCGCCUAGUCAGAAACUGGUUCAGGCAUAUUUGGAAGAGAUUGCGCGAACGUAUGGUGUGGAUUGGCCGCCACACCAAGAGGAGGUGGAGGAGUUGGGCCGUGAAGUCGACGAUGAGGAUACAGACGAAGGUGUUGGUGGUGGUAUGAAGGAGCCGCCCAUCCCAGCAGACGGUACGACACCGGCCACGCCGACGAAGCCACACAAAAUCGACCUUGGCUCUCUAGAAAAUGCUACUCCGCCUUCGAGCUUAGCGCCAGGUGGUAUGAAGAGCCCUGUUUCUGUCGCUCCGCCUGCUGCAAGAACGGAUAACCCGAGCCCCAAAGUCAAGCUCCCUGGCGGCGGUGAGGUUGGGAAGGACGAUAAGCCCAAGACGACAACUAAGUCGAUGCUGAAACCGAAAGGGGCGGCAGCGGUAGGAGGAGAGGGUGUCCCUGGCAAAGUCCCCACGGUGGAUGAUCUAGCGAAGAGGUUUUCAGCGCUGAAGAGAUGA